AUGGGAAAUGGUGCAAAUCCCGACCGCGGGGAAUCGCCCCCGCCUUAUUCCCCAUAUGUUGACCCCCAACUGACCGCGGAGUUGGGCAACGUCCACUAUGAUGGCCGUAUUGAUGUCAACCUGGAAUCAAAGCUCGCCAAGUCGAUCGCGAAAAUCGCCAACGAGCAGCCAGAUGACCAUCCCCCUGCGCCUGAAUACAGCGCUCAAACUUCAGAGGGAAUCUACUGUGAUGUGAAACUGAACAUAGUCAUCCAAAUCGUGGGUAGUCGCGGAGAUGUUCAGCCCUUCAUCGCACUGGGAAACGCCUUGCAGAGCCAUGGUCAUCGAGUUCGCAUUGCCACUCACGGAGUCUUCGAGAAGUUCGUCAAGGACUCGUACCUGGAGUUCUUUCCCAUUGGCGGAGAUCCCGCCAAGCUCAUGGCAUACAUGGUCAAGAACCCGGGGCUGAUCCCGCAGAUUAAAACAUUGCGUGAUGGCGAAAUCAAACAGAAGCAGGUCAUGGUAGCGGAAAUGCUGGAUGGCUGUUGGAAAUCAUGCAUCGAAGACGAUCCUGACACGAAGGAGCCUUUCGUUGCAGAUGCGAUCAUUGCUAACCCGCCUAGCUUUGCUCAUGUCCAUUGUGCGCAGGCUCUGGGCAUCCCCGUUCAUUUGAUGUUUACGAUGCCGUGGAGUAGUACCAAGGCAUUUCCACAUCCUUUGGCCAAUAUGAAUUCCACCGAUAUGAAUCCCAGGACGGCGAAUUGGGUAACAUACGGUGUGGUGGAAUGGCUAACGUGGCAAGGGUUAGGGGACGUGAUCAAUCGAUUUAGAGCCUCAAUCGAUCUGGCCUCCGUUCCGGCAACGGAAGGACCCUGUCUGGCUGAAGCUUUGGAAAUCCCUUUCACAUACUGUUGGUCCCCGGCACUGGUUCCAAAGCCACGGGACUGGCCAUCGCAUAUCGACGUGUGUGGAUUCUUCUUCGGAGAGCCCUCUUCAUACAUCCCGCCUGCAGAACUGGCGGAGUUUUUGGAAGCCGGAUCGCCUCCUGUUUACAUCGGUUUUGGCAGUAUCGUCGUCGACAACCCUGAAAAACUAAUACAAACGGUUCUCGCGGCAGUCUCAAGAGCCGGCGUACGUGCAAUUGUGUCCAAGGGCUGGAGCGAGCUGGCUGGUACAUCAGAUGAAAAUGUCUUCUACAUUGGCGACUGUCCACACGACUGGCUCUUUCAGCAUGUCGCAGCUGUCGUGCAUCACGGCGGAGCUGGGACCACAGCCUGCGGUCUCCUAAACGGACGACCAACCGCCAUCGUCCCGUUCUUCGGCGAUCAACCAUUCUGGGGCAACAUGGUAGCCAGAGCCGGAGCCGGUCCCUCCCCAAUCCCCCAUGCCGAAUUGGAUCCUGAUAUCCUAGCCUCCGCAAUUCAAUUUUGCCUCACACCAGACGCGGCCGAGGCCGCGCGCGAAAUCGCUCUCAGAAUGCAAGCCGAGUCUGGCGUGGCAGCAGCCGUGGAUUCGUUCCACCGCAAUUUACCUUUAGACCGCAUGCGAUGCAGUAUCAUGCCCGACCAGGCUGCAGUAUGGAGCUACGACGUGGGAAAGCAACGUCUAAUCCUGUCGAAGACGGCUGUGAAUAUCUUGAUUGAGCACGACAAAAUCGACGCACGACACAUUAAAUGUUACCCCAUCAAUCCAAUCAUUAUUGAAAAUCGUCGCUGGGACCCCUUGACCGGUGUCCUAUCCGCCGCAGGCGCAACAGGAACAGAGAUGGCUAAAUCCACGGGCGAGAUGCUCUACAAUCCAUACAAGGAGUUCAAACGCGCUCGCACCGAGAGCGCUCAAAACAAGGCUCGAACAGGCCAGAGCCAGAAUCCAUUCGACACUGCAGGGAACAUGGUCGGAGGGACACUAACAGGCCUCGGGAAAUUCUACGGCAACUAUCUGAAAGGUGUUGUUAUCGAUAUUCCUCACGCAGCAGCAGAGGGUUUCCGAAGGGCACCUCAGCUGUACGGAGAAAAGCCGAAGGAUUAUGGGAACGUGCAUGACUGGAAGUCCGGGGUGAAAGUCGGCGGUAAGAAUUUCGUCGGAGGGAUGACUGGUGGUGUGGCGGGGUUCUUUACGUCGCCGUUUAAAGGGGCUAUGGAGGAAGGUGCAGCCGGUGCAGUUAAGGGAUUUGCUAGGGGUACGCUGGGGCUGGCUACCAAGAUGCCUUCUGCUGCCAUCGGACUGACGGCUUAUCCUUUCCAUGGGAUUUCGAAGAGCAUAGAGGCUGCUUUCCGGACGAGGACUCCAAAGGAUAUUGUGAGUGCUCGGCUCAGAGAUGGAUAUGCUCAUGCUAGCAGAAUGCAGCUGUCGAAAGAGGAGCAGCAGGAGGUUAUUCAGAUAUUCGAUGCAUUAUUGUCCACGCUACAUGCAUAG